AAAGGUCGCAUCUUUGAGAAGACAAUGGCUCGUACGAAGCAAACCGCUAGAAAAUCCACCGGAGGUAAAGCUCCCAGGAAGCAGCUUGCCACCAAGGCGGCAAGGAAAUCUGCGCCGACCACCGGAGGAGUGAAGAAGCCCCAUCGUUACCGUCCCGGAACCGUCGCUCUUCGUGAGAUUAGGAAAUACCAGAAGAGUACGGAGUUGCUGAUCCGCAAACUUCCUUUCCAGAGACUUGUUCGUGAAAUCGCCCAGGACUUCAAGACGGAUCUGAGGUUUCAGAGCCACGCGGUGUUAGCUCUUCAGGAGGCGGCGGAGGCAUACCUUGUGGGUCUGUUUGAGGACACCAACCUCUGCGCGAUUCACGCUAAAAGGGUUACAAUCAUGCCCAAGGACAUUCAAUUGGCCAGACGGAUUCGUGGAGAACGCGCUUAA